AUGUGCCGGCCCGGACCAGUGAAACGCAGCGGUAGGCGGGGCGAAGCGAGGCGGACCAAUGGGCGGUUACUAAGUAGGAUAGGGUUCUGCCUGGCCGCAGAACCAGUUAAGAGCCUGGUGUGCCCACAAUUUGAAACAACUAAGUCAUUGGUUCUGAGAGUGUGUCAGAAGAAGCAACAUGGUUCUCACAAGCUUCAGAAUCAGGAUGUCAACUAUGGUUUGCUUCAUGCAGAGACAGCUUGUCGAAGAUCUGUGGCCUGCAAAUUUCCUCCCUUAAUUUUUGAAAAUUCAGAAGUAUGUUCAGUCCACUCCACAGAUACGCUGAGUCAUGCAGGAAAGAAUACACAGCAUUCUCACAGCCAGUUCAAGAAAGGGAUAGGAUCAAAAGCUAACAUUCAGGUGAAUGGUUCUGAGAACUGUAGUGAAACACCAUUAUCUAUUUCUCAGCCUGUAGGGCCAGACGUCUUCAGUCCACUAGGUACAGGGAUGCCACAGUUGCCUUCUUUAAGGAAUUGUACAUGCAGCAGUGCUCUGCCACAAAUCAGUAGUCAUGCUGAGUUGGUGUCCAGUGUCCUCCACUGUGGGAGGGAGCAAUUGGCAGGAACACUAGUUAUGGAUACUCCUGAGCGUGAGUAUGGAAUAAAGGUCACCUGGAGGCGUCGGCCUCAUCUCCUUAAGUACCUGAGAGACAGAGGGAAGCUGAGUACUGCUGACAUACUGGUGAAGACAGACAUUGAACUCUAG